ACCCCUAGGAAGGGCCGAAGUCUUCCAUCUUCGUCUUCCUCCGAUUCUGUGACAUUUCUUACAAACCUUACCAAAACCUUAGAUUUUCUCAUGGAUCUUGGAUAUUUUCUCGCACUUUCUCUCUGUUUCCUCUGCAUUUCCUCUCACCUCGCCCAUUCCCUCGUUCCGGGAUCGCUCGACGAGAAGAAAACGGAGGGAUCGGUGAUCAGAUUUAGAAGAGGAGCUUCCUCUGCUACCUUCGAUCCGACUCGUGUCAGUCAGCUCACAUGGCGUCCAAGGGCGUUUUUGUUCAAGGGUUUUCUUUCUGAGGAGGAAUGUGAUCAUCUAAUUGAAAUUGCGAAGAAUAAGCUAGAAAAGUCUAUGGUGGCCGAUAACGAGUCUGGUAAGAGUAUAGAGAGUGAAGUCCGGACGAGCUCCGGAAUGUUCCUUCUGAAAGCUCAGGAUGAAGUAGUUGCUAACAUUGAAGCUAGGAUUGCUGCAUGGACCUUUCUUCCAAUUGAAAAUGGGGAGUCCAUUCAGAUACUGCACUAUGAACACGGUCAAAAGUACGAACCGCAUUUUGAUUAUUUUCAUGACAAGGCUAACCAACAAUUGGGUGGCCACCGUAUCGCCACUGUAUUAAUGUAUCUCUCUAAUGUUGAAAAGGGUGGGGAAACAGUCUUUCCCAAUUCGGAGGGAAAACUGUCUCAAAUUAAGGAUGACGACGCUUCUGAUUGUGCUAAAGACGGCUAUUCAGUGAAACCGUACAAGGGUGAUGCCCUGAUGUUCUUCAGUCUCCAUCCCAAUGGAACCACCGAUCCAAGCAGCUUGCACGGGAGUUGCCCUGUCAUUGAGGGCGAGAAAUGGUCUGCAACCAAGUGGAUUCAUGUGAGAUCCUUCGAGAAGUCGCUAUUAAAGUCUGCAACUGGCAAGGGUUGUUCAGACGAGAAUGAUAACUGCCCCCUUUGGGCUAAAGCCGGUGAAUGUCAAAAGAACCCGACUUAUAUGAUAGGCACACAGGGCCUUCCUGGAUAUUGCAGGAAGAGUUGCGAUGCGUGUUCGUCCUAAGGGAGGUCAAUAUUUACAGAGCGCGGUUAAAUGCUUAGGUGUACAUAACAUUGAGCUCUGCCAUAGUGAGAUAUAUGUUCGGAGCUGCUGUGCCCCAGAUGGAAACUUUAGAACAUUAUUCAUUUGUUGCGCAGUUUACUAUUACAAAAAUGAAAAUUUUAAUUUGGGAGUCUUAACGAAAUACUCAUGGUACUGUUCAUUUUUAA